ACAAAAACUUACAGGAAAUAUAAACCCUAUCAACCGUCUUAUUUCUCUCUCCCUCUCUUCUCAGCGGCGAACUUACUCCGGCGACGAACAACAAUCUCACUGAGGGAAUCACUCCGGCGACGAGCAACGAUGAGGCCAAUAUUGAUGAAGGGCCAUGAAAGGCCGUUAACUUUUCUGAAGUACAACAGAGAUGGAGAUCUGCUCUUCUCUUGCGCCAAGGACCAUACCCCUACCGUUUGGUUUGCCGAUAACGGCGAGCGUCUCGGCACUUACCGUGGCCAUAAUGGUGCCGUUUGGUGCUGCGACGUUUCUCGGGAUUCGUCCAGGCUAAUAACUGGAAGUGCAGAUCAGACUGCAAUGCUGUGGGACGUCCAAACUGGUACCCAGCUGCACAAAUUCACCUUUGACUCCCCUGCUCGGUCUGUUGAUUUUUCGGUUGGUGAUAAACUCGCAGUGAUCACCACUGAUCCUUUCAUGGGACUGACAUCUGCUAUCCAUGUCAAACGCAUCAGCAAAGAUCCCAGUGAACAAAUUAGUGAGUCGGUGCUUGUCUUAAAGGGUCCCCAGGGAAGAAUCAACAGAGCUGUGUGGGGACCCCUGAAUAAAACAAUUAUAAGUGCUGGUGAAGAUGCUGUAAUACGUAUCUGGGAUUCUGAGACUGGAAAGAUACUGAAGGAGUCUGACAAGGAAAUCGGUCAUAAAAAGGGCAUUACAUCACUACAAAAAUCAGUGGAUGGUUCGCACUUCAUUACUGGUUCGCUUGAUAAAUCUGCAAAGCUCUGGGACAUCAGAACUUUGACACUUAUCAAGAACUAUACAACUGAACGACCAGUGAAUGCUGUCACUAUGUCGCCGCUUCUUAAUCAUGUGGUUUUGGGAGGUGGUCAAGAUGCUUCAGCUGUCACCACUACUGAUCAUCGUGCUGGAAAGUUUGAGGCCAAAUUCUAUGACAAGAUUCUUACUGAAGAAAUAGGAGGUGUUAAAGGGCAUUUUGGACCAAUAAAUGCUUUGGCUUUCAAUCCUGAUGGGAAAAGUUUCGCAAGUGGUGGUGAAGAUGGAUAUGUAAGAUUGCAUCAUUUUGACCAUGAUUACUUCAACAUCAAGAUUUAGAUUUUGAUAGGACCAGGUUUUGGAAGUUGGUUCUUUUGGGUUAUCCAGUAGAAAAGAAUGGUUCUGGAAGAAGCGUGUUUUCAACUAUCUCCGAUGAAUUUCUUGUGUACUAUUAUUGUUGCAAGCUAUGUUUAUCGCACAGGAGAAAAUAACUUUUUGUUUAUGGACAAGUUGAGCAAAACAUAUUUACUGGUUA